UGUAACACCUUUUGUCUCCUGCCACCUCCCUCCCUCUUUACUGCCCUCAGCACAUAGAGCUAUUCUAACCCAAUUUGGGCUUGGGUGUAACAUUCCUGCCUGCCUGAGGAAGGAAUGAUGAGCUGGGACUGCAGUUGCAGACAAGUGACACCCAGAAGCCAAAAGCUUCUCUAAGUACCAGGUCUGCCCCCAAGACCCAAGCCAAAGCAAUGGCAUUGUCUUUGGAAGAAUUCAUCCACUCCCUUGACCUCAGGACUCUCCCCAGGGUCCUAGAAAUCCAGUCAGGCAUCUACUUUGAAGGUUCUAUUUAUGAAAUGUUUGGAAAUGAAUGCUGUUUGUCAACAGGAGAAGUGAUUAAAAUUACUGGCCUCAAAAUUAAGAAGAUCAUAGCUGAAAUUUGUGAGCACAUUGAAGGUUGUGAGUCUCCACAACCAUUUGAACUGCCUAUGAAUUUUCCAGGUCUUUUUAAGAUUGUGGCUGAUAAAACUCCAUACCUCACUAUGGACGAAAUUACAAGAACCAUCCAUAUCGGACCUAGUAGACUGGGGCAUCCUUGCUUCUAUCAUCAGAAGGAUAUAAAACUAGAGAAUCUCGUCAUAAAGCAAGGUGAGCAAAUCAUGCUCAACUCAGUUGAAGAAAUCAAUGGAGAAAUAAAGGUGAACUGUGGUGUGCUAAGGAAUCAUCAAAAUCACUCAUUUACUUUGCCUUUGUCACAAGAAGGAGAAUUCUAUGAGUGUGAAGAUGAACAUAUUUAUACCCUAAAGGAGAUUAUCCAAUGGAAGAUCCCCAAGAACAGAACACGAACUGUGAAACUUACAGAUUUUUCAAGCAAGUGGGACUUAACAAAUCCAUUCCCUAAAGGUUUUUCUGGUGCUCUGAUUCUCAAGCCUGUUUAUGAAAUUCAAGGUGUGAUGAAAUUCAGAAAGGAUAUAGUCCGUAUCCUCCCCAGUUUAGAUGUUGAAGUCAAAGACAUUACUGACAAUUAUGAUGCCAGCUGGUUUCUUCAGUUGCUAUCUACACAAGAGCUUUUUGAAAUGACCAGUAAAGACUUCCCGAUAGUGGCUGAAAUCAUAGAAGCACCCCAAGGAAACCAACUACCCGGAAGCAUUUUACAGCCUGGGAAAAGCAUUGUGAUCCACAAAAAAUGCCAGGCAUCAAGGAUCCUAGCUUCAGAAAUUAGAAGCAAUUUUCCUAAAAGACACUUCUUGAUCCCUACUAGCUAUAAAGGCAAAUUCAAGCGGCGACCUAGAGAGUUCCCAACUGCUUAUGACCUCGAGAUAGCAAAGAGUGAAAAGGAGCCUCUCCACGUGGUGGCCACCAAAGCCUUUCAUCCCCCCCACGACGAGCUGACAUCUGUAUCUGUUGGGGACCAGUUUCUAGUGCAUCAUUCACAGAGGACUGAAGUCCUCUGUGAAGGAAUCAAAAAAGUGGUGAAUGUUCUGGCUUGUGAAAGAAUCCUCAAAAAAUCCUAUGAGGCAGCACUGCUCCCUUUGUACAUGGAAGGAGAUUUUGUAGAGGUGAUUCAUGAUAAGAAGCAGUACCAGAUAUCUGAGCUCUGUGCACAGUUCCGCUUGCCCUUUAAUGUGAAGGUAUCUGUGAGGGAUCUUUCCAUUGAAGAUGACAUCUUGGCUGCUACACCAGGACUGCAGUUGGAGGAAGCUAUCACAGACUCUUAUCUACUCAUAAGCGACUUUGCCAACCCCAAGGAGUGCUGGGAAAUUCCUGUGGGCCGCUUGAAUAUGACCGUUCAGUUGGUUAGUAAUUUGUCUGGAGAUCCAGGAUCAUUUCUAGUCAGGACUCUGGUCGAAGAGAUCACUGAAGAACAGUAUUACAUGAUGCGGAGAUAUGAAAGCUCUUUCUUGCACCCCCCGCCUCGCCCUCCCAAACGUCCGUCGGUGGAGGAAACAAAGUUAACCCUGCUCGGCUUAGCAGAAGAAACGGCAGUGAGUCUGCCUAAGUCUCCCAAGAGUCUCCAUGUAGACAUAUCCAAGAAACUGCACUCAAAUCAAGCUGGCCUGGAUUCAAAUGUACCAGUUGGUUGUCAAAAUGAUUUGGCUUUUCUGGAAAAAGAAAGGAGAAAGACUGGAGCAAGUGCAGUAGCAGGCACCAGUGCAACCACAGAAAUCUUCAAAAAAUGAAAAACAUCGAAAAUAACUAGAUGUGAAUGAAACCGCUUGGGCGGUGAAUAUAAAUGUUGCAGUGGAAAAGAAAACCUCGCCUUCUAGCUGAAAAAAAAACCAGAUAUUCCUCAAUGGACCCCAGAAGAAACUUGACUGGCCACUGCAAAGGAGAGAACAAACUUAAAAAUUUUAACAGAGAAAACUUACAGAGCAACCUAUGAUAUGAAAUUCACAUGGUCUAUUCUGUUGUGCCAAAAUUUGUAUGUAUUGUUUUAUUGUUAUUUAGGACAUAUUUAUUUAAUGUGCACACUUUCGAUGGUUCUUAUCUCUACUACCAACAAUUAAGCUCAUCGAACAUUUUCUCAGAAUUUGUUUUGGCACUUUUUAGUGUUACCAUCAUUCCUGUUAAAAAUAACAAAGUUAUUUAGAGUGAUCUAAAAUACCCAGGUUUCUUAUCUAAUUCCCUUGAAGCUGUGGAAGUGAGUUUGACUUCACAUUUUCAUUAUGUUUUAGAAAUACACUAUGAAUAAGUAUGUUUGAGGCUUAACAGCCAAAUCCAUUGUGAGUUACAGGAAUUUUCUAUAACUUUCUCCACUGUCCUCUAAUAACCAGAGUUCAUUACUGCCAUAUCACCAAAGAUCUGAUAAUAUGUUUUCAUGUCCUGUACACUAGAAAAUCCCUUAGAUGAAUGUUUAUUAGAACCAUAGGAGAGCCAUAUUCACUUGUGUAUAACUAUCUCAUUAAAGCCAUACAGGAACUUAAUGCCAAGCUUUGGGCUUGGUUCAUAGGUCAUACUCUAUACAGAAACUUAGCUAAUUUCAUAUUUCAUAAUUAUUUUACAUUAUGUCUAGAAAAUAUUCAUUGAUUUAGUACUAAAAAGUUUUUGAAGGCAGCAAAUCAUGAAACAACUUUUCAACUGAGAAAAAAAAUGAAAGUCUUUUGUAUGAUAUUUGUAUUCUGAUCUUUUUUCUUCCUUUUUAAGUUGAAAUGAACCCUGAUUUUCAAUACCCAAAGAUUGUUAGUGAUUUGAUAUGGUUAUAUUAUUUGUUUAUUUCCUAUUUCUGAGGUUUUCUGAGAUGGUUUCACUUUUAUUUGUUUUGCUUGUUUGUGCCCAUAAGAACAGGAACUUUUGAAAGUUUAUGUCCCCACAUUUGGUUGUUGGCGUCCACUGAGAAUCCUUUCUCAACAACCUUGGCAGACAGACUCAGAGAACUCACAGGCCAAGUUGUUAUUUUUAAAGAACAAUGAAUAAUUAGUAUUUUUAUUUGGUAUAUGAAAACAAAUCUAUACUCUUAGUAAGUACAAUUCUUUGGUUAGAAAAAUCAAGACAAUACAUGUCUUAGUUUGGUUGUAAAUCAUCAGGGGUUUUCUAGUGGAAAUCAUAUAUAACAUGUCUCACAAUGUAGUUCUUUUCUAUACUGUGCUUUCCAGUUCUCUUGAAUUUGAAAGGUGUCAUAAACAUCCUAUUCAUCUAUGGAAGAUUUGGGAAGGUUGAAAAUAAAUUUUCUUUUGCAUA